AGUUAGCUUGCAUGUCGCGGUUGUGUUCGCGGUAGCAGCGACUUUUCUCCCGAUGGCGAACAGAACCGUGAAGGAUGCGAACAGCAUCCACGGGACCAACCCGCAGUACCUGGUGGAGAAGAUCAUCCGGACCCGGAUCUACGAGUCCAAGUACUGGAAGGAGGAGUGCUUCGGCCUCACCGCCGAGCUGGUCGUAGACAAAGCCAUGGAGCUGAAGUUCGUCGGAGGAGUUUACGGCGGGAACAUCAAGCCCACCCCCUUCCUGUGCCUGGCGCUGAAGAUGCUGCAGAUUCAGCCGGAGAAGGACAUCAUCGUGGAGUUCAUAAAAAACGAGGAUUUCAAGUAUGUGCGUCUCCUCGGAGCCAUGUACAUGAGGCUGACGGGCACGGCAGCGGAUUGUUACAAAUACCUGGAGCCUUUGUACAACGACUACAGAAAGAUCAAGAGUCAGAACAGAAACGGAGAGUUCGAGUUGAUGCACGUUGACGAGUUUAUCGACGAGCUUCUUCACGCAGAGAGGAUGUGUGACAUCAUCCUGCCUCGGCUUCAGAGGAGACAAGUCCUCGAGGAGGCGGAGAUGCUGGACCCACGCAUCAGCGCUCUGGAGGAAGACCUGGAUGAAGUGGAAACCAGUGACGAAGAAGAUGAGGAAGAAGACAAGCAGCAGCAGGAGAGACUCCAGACCCCUGAACCACACAGACGUAGUUACCGUGACAACGACCGGCCUCGUCGCUCGCCGUCCCCUCGCUACAGACGCAGCCGCUCCCCCAGACGAAGGAGCAGAUCUCCGAAGAGGAGGAGCCCGUCACCGCGGAGAGAGCGCCAUCGCAGCAAGAGCCCCCCCCGCAGACACCGCAGCCGGUCCCGGGACCGACGCCAUCGCUCCAAGUCCCCAGGUCAGAAAACACGCCUGGGCCCCACUGCCGGUCACCACAGAAGCCACCGACAUCGCAGCCACUCCAAGUCUCCAGAGAGGAGUUCAAAAAAGAGUCACAAGAAGAGUCGGAGAAACGAGUGACCUCGUUUUUUACUUUAUAUCUUUUUCUUUUUCCCUCGGAGCCUCGUAUGAAACGUGACUUCUGUUUUUAUGGUCGUGUCGUUCUGAGUCUGUGUGAAGCUUUUCAGCUUCAUUCUGAAAAACCCCAAACACAGAUAAACUGUGGCCGUCAAUGAAAACAUCUGUAAGUGUAGGAAAUGGUUUUGUUGCAAAUAUCUUCUGUUGAUUGAGUUAUUAAAGAUUCUGAUCGAUUGGUCCUGAGUCUGAGGAAGUUUUGAUUCCCGAGUCCGACCAGAGGGAUUUUCAUUACCUCUCAUGAAUGUUCACUUGGAGGUCAAAGGUCUCAGAUGAAGCUAAUUCUUCCCUUGUAAACGUGUUAUCUGAAGAAACGCCUCAUGACUCAAAGAUAAACUGAUCAGAGGUCACGGUGACAUCAUUUUAUGAAUGGAAUAUAAACACUUGGAGGUUCUGACACUGCUCAGGUUGGCGUUUCUAAGCCACGCCUCCUGACGUCGAACUCCUCCUUUAUGCUUUUGAGUUCAAACAUCAGAACGUUCAGGACAUUUCUGCUGCUGGUUGUCUUUACUUCUUUUUAAAAAUAUUAAACUUUUACUGUAUUUUAAUCGCUCAUUCAAA